AGGUCAGGCUACCGAGGGCGCUGCACGCUUCGUGCUCGCUCCUCCUUCCACCGCCUACGUUCAAGUCGGAUUGAACAUUGACUGUCGUCGGACAGGCCUCGUCGGCGGAGCGAAAGUUUCGCGUGCACGCGUCUCGUCGUUGCGAGUAAAAUGACGUUUAUCGGUCCACGCGGCUAUUCCGUUGAUCGUCCGUGGCCCAGGCACGUCCACGUUUGACGUGUUAUGUGAACCUCCUGCACCUGGAAAUCGGCUGUUCGUGCUAGCAUGAGUAUUUCUCAGGAAAGCGCAGCCACGAUCGUGUGCAAGGAGAUCUUCGACGGAGUCUCGCAUCCGUCAGACGAAGAGGUACUCGAAUAUGCGAGGCGCUUGGGAAUCGACCCGGAUACAGAACCACACCUCCUGAGUUUGGCUCGGGAGGGCCUGAUGGCGGCCCUCCCCAAGGGCUGGCUACCAUGCUUCCACGAAACGAGCGGUGCUUGGUACUAUUAUCAAGCUUCCACCGGAACCACCACAUGGCAACAUCCCCUGGACGCCGUGUACAAGGAGAUGGUCGAGCAGGCCAGAGCUGCGAGCAACGCCAAGCCUGUUAACGCCAGGCAGAUCAGCGUCGAAGAGGACUCGAAGACAACGGCCAAGGAGCUCGAGUCCAACGAAGAAGCAACUCUGCCCAAGGAAACGUCUUCGUCCGCCAAGGAAUCCGGCAAGCAAUCCGCCAAGAACAAUCCGCCACCUACCAGAAUUCCCACGAAGCUGGCGCCGUUGAAAAAAUUGGACAAGAUCGACGGUGCGAGGAAGAAGGAUGGCGGGAGCCAGGAGAAACAACAAUCGAAACGGGAGGACAAUCCGUUGGCGACUAACAGGGCAGGCAGGGAUUACACGAAUCUCAAAUUCCAAGAUCCGAGAUUCUACGAGUGUCCCAAGCUCCUGGAGACGAUCGCAUCGACCACGACCACCAACACAACCACGUCCAGCAGCCCAAAGCAGGAGAUAGACCUGAAAGAGGUGCUCAAGAGAUCGGAAUCCCUGAGCCCGAGGCACGAGAAAGAUUGGGAGCAAUUGUCGAGCAGGUUUAGCUCCGAGGAGAAUAUCAUAGACAUCGAUAAACUUAGCAUCAACACGUUGGCCAGGUCGGAGAAGUCCGACAAGUUCGACAAGGAGAAGCAUCCGAGCCAAUUCGGCCAACAGAAGGAAUUGACUCUGAGCGGUGGGGGGACUAUGUUCCUGAAGAGCAACAGGAGCAGAGAGACCACGCCUAUCCACGAGACCGGUAAACUCGACGAGUUCCGUGCCUUGUCGAUCCCGGACGAGACCAACAAAGACAGCGGGGACAAGUUGAAGUCGAUUCUAAGGGAGAAACAAUCCGAAGACGACGACAGACCGGUGGACGAGGAAAGGAAAAGCGUACGUUUCGACAUAGAGAAGGAAGUGGAUAUCAAGUACACUUACUCCAGGUCUGAAUACGAGUCGGAAUCCGAAUCUGACGAGCAAGAGGUGCUGGCCAUGCUCUCGAAUCGAGACACCGAGUGGAGUCCCUCGACGCAGAAAAGCAGCCAAAGAUUCAUGGAAGAGAGCAAGGAAGAUCCCGAGGACAAGAUCGAUGGAUGCGUCAGGAGGAGUUUAUCGUCGGAGAAGAUCGAGGCGUCGAAGACGCAAAAUGGGAAGAUCGUGGGCAAGAGGUUCGUCGUCAGAAACGUGCCCGAGAACGAACUAGUUCGUAAAAAGUUGGCUCCUCAGAACGCUUCUGAGAAGGAACACCGUAUGCAAAUGACCAGAGACAGUUUGUCCGGAGAGAGUUUGUCGAGGGAAAGCAGUUUGGACUACACGUUCACCAAUAAAUUCAACAAAAUCAAAAACAUCGAUCUGGUUUCGAAGAGCGAGACCGAUUACAGCGACUCUGAACUACGGCGGAAGAAUAAAUUGAAAGUGGAGUUGCCCCGCAACGAGCAGACCGACGACGACGAGGAGACUUCAGAUUUUUCUAAGAUUAACCAAGAGACUCACGAUAUCUCGCGAAAGGAAGCCAACGAAGCGACGAGACAAGAUCAGAGCAAGAAGUUGGAGGAAACGAAAGCGAAAUUGAGUCAAGAGCACGAGAAGGACAUCGAGGCGUUGAGGAAAGAGUACAAGGACAAGUUGGAACAAAUGAAGAAAGAAUUGGAGGAGAAUUUUGCGGAGCAGAAGAAGCAAAUAGAGAAGAAUCUGAGCGACAAGCUGGAGGAUAUGAGGCGAAAGAUGGUCGAGAAGGAGGAACGAGAAAUUCAAAAAUUAAUCGCCGAAAUGGACGAGGCCAAGUUGGAGAAUCUGAGAAAGGUAAAGGCCGAAUUGGAGGUUUGCUACGAGAAGGAGAGGCAGGAGAUCUUGGCGAAUUUGAAGACUGAACUCGACGAGAGGAAGGGAGAAUUGUUGGAGCUGCGGAACCAGGAGAUGGGAAAAUUGGAGAACGAACACGAACGCGACUUGGACGAGGAGAAACUCGCGAAACUUAGCGAGAUUAAAUUGAGCAAGCAACACCAGGCGAGGAUCAAAACAAUGAAGAAGGAAUUGGAUAAAGAGUUUGACGAGUUGCGCAAACAAUUACGGGCACAGCAGAGGGAAAAUAUCACGAAAAUUACGGAGGAACACGAGAGUCGUCUUGUCGAAAUCCUACGCGAUUUUAGAGUCAAUGAGGAUCGCACGCGGAAGAUGUACAAGCAGUGUUUGGAAGAGAUUCGCGCGGAUUUCUCGCGCGACGCGGAGAAAGAGGCUAAGAAACAGACGGGUCGCGCUAUUCACCAAGAAAGCAUCGAGUUCGAGAAGAUGAGGUGCGAGAAGCGAUUGCUCCAAGACAAGUACAUGGCGUUGAAGGAGAAAUACAUGAAAUUGAAGAAGGAGGUACGUUCGGCUAUCGAGAGGAGGAGUAAGAGAAAGGAGGGAUACACGACCGCCUCGGAGACGGAGAGGUCGACGUCGACGAGGACGAGGACAGACAGGACCGAGUCGUCGGAUCAAAAUAUCCCAUUACGAAACACGCACUCGAGCUCGGCGACGACGAACACUAAACCGCCCGAGACUCAGACGACGACGAACGAGCAGUCGGAAGAAUUGCACGAUCCGAACGAACAGAACGUUCAGAAGGCGAACUCGGGGUUUCAGAAGAGCGCAGCUACGUCCAACGCGAAAAAUGUGAGAUUCCAUUCCGACGAAACGAGCAUCGCCAGCGAGACGAACGCGAACAUAACAACCGGCAAGAAGAACUUCGCCAAGAAACCGACAAUCCAAUCCAAACCGAGUUCAACCACUGGCAAUAAUAUUAACAACAAUAACAACAAUCUUGAAAAUCCAGUCGAAAAUAUAAGAAAACAGUUGGAGAAGCUCGAGGAUCUCGGUGAUCAAUUGCCAAGCAACGAAACGGCCUACACAUUGCGAUAUCCUUUCCAAGACAAAGCACCGGCGAACGCCUCUUCGGAGCUGGAGUUCUUCCGGCACCGAAUUCACGUCGAAAGGGAUUCAGUGAAGAGAGCACGGGAGGCGCUUCGACAUCAGGAGAACGUGUUCCAAGGGAGGCAGAGGGCUUGGAAGCAGCGUAGCGUCAAAGCGACCCUCGAACAAUUGCUUCAGGAAGAGCGCGAACUUUCCGACAUGGAGGUGAAUUUGCAUCGAACCAAGAGCCUUUUGGGCGAAAAGGUGAUCCAUCUGAGGCAUUUAGAGCAAUCUUUGGAGAGGGUGGUUAACGCGAAGACAAACGAGAACGACGCGAACGCGACGAAAAACGAGGAAUUGACGUUGAGCGAUAUGUCGAGCGUGAGCAGCGGUAUCAGUUCAACCGAUCUAGGAACUGACACGUUCGUAGUUCAUUUCUUCGAGACUUCGAAAUCCCGCCUUUCGUUGAUUUAUUUCCACUCAAGAAUUUAUUUUCCAUCUCGUGGUCUUGAUCCUUCGUACUCAGACAAACCGGAUCACUACCAGGAGUCGACGGAAAUCAUCGCAAGUCUGGAAAACCUAAACUCGGAAAUACGUGAGAUAUGGGGCGUGCUGAAUAAACGUCAGGACACGAACAUACCACCGCCCCCAACUUUGAUGUAUUCGUAUUUGCGAUGGCUGCGUUUCCAUCAUCUUGCCGCCGAAUCGAAUAAUAUACAAGGAACAUUCGGUACUCCAAACAUUCAGUCGAACAUCCUAUCUCAGUUGACGGUGACUCAACCACCGACACCCACCACGCAAAACAUUAUCGCCCAGUACGGUCCUAACAGCGGUUUCACCACCAGCGUGUGUACAGUUGAGAAGCAUUCCUCGAAUCUGAUGGAGAGAACGUGGAAUCUAAGGGAUUGGCUGAGACAAGCUUGCGUCGAGGGCACGGAUCAGUCCAGGUCGAACGACUCUAUAAAAAGCAGCCCGCAAUCCAUCGAAAAAUUUGGUUCCAAACGACAAUCGUUAGGAGAUUCCAGUACCCGUUUCGUCGACGUAGACUCCAUGUAUCUACACGUGUUUCUAAACCAAUUCAAGAAGACGUGUUUUCGUUAGUUGCAUUUAAUUAUAUUUACUCCAUCCCGAUCUCUCGAUACGAUCGAUCAUCGAUCAUCGAUCGAUCGAUCGAUCGAGAACGGAAUAGUCGUUUGGAAGUGAGAGUUUCGAUCGAGAGAUUCGCGAUACCUAGCUUGUAUGCCGAAUGUGCGACGUGCUCAGUUUAAGAACCUCCCCUUAGCUUGUUCCUAUCGAGCUCAAAUUCGUUUUAUCGCCGAAUCUGCGACAAACGCAAUUGGGCGCAGAUUUAGUCGUGAUGCGUCAACAUGGAAGGUCAUGGUCUUGGAGCCCCGAUCGAAACGGACGCGAGCUUCGAGAUCACGAGCAACUUUCGCAAUUUUCAAAAACGCUCGUCGGCGUUUCUUACGAUUUUAUCCAAAUUGGGUGGCAGCCAACUGGACAAUUAUUAUUUCGUGCCAGGAAUUUUGACCCGCUGCUCUUUUAACGAUAAUUGCAACGUUAUAGCGGAUGAUCAUGUAUAAAAAUACGGAACACUUUCAUAAUGGGAAUACGAACGGAUCUCAUCGUGCAAAUUACUCGCGAAUCGUUGAGGAAACGAAUCGAACGUGUGUGUGUGUGUAUGAGAGAGAGAGAGAGAGAGAGAGAGAGAGAGAGAGAGAGAGAGAGAGAGAGAGAGAAACAGGCCAAGUUCUCUAUUGUAAAUAAGAAUUUUUCUCGAUAGCCGUAUCGCUCGAUACAAAUCCAAUCUGGUUCCUUUCUCCCCGACAGCCUGUUGAACCUUUAUAUAUAUUUUCGAGAUCGAUUUUUCCGUGAAUGUAACAAUGUAUAAUAUGCGUACCACCUAUAUAUAUAUAUAUCAUAUACAUCUAUUUACUAGUAAAUAUACAUGUAACAUUUGGGAUUGUUUCACGCGAAUUAGAUUGGAAAUCGCGUUUGAGACGGAUGUGUGAUAAAAUCUUGGACGCGUGGAUCUUCGACGUACGAGAAGUGUACGAUUCAAAUUUUACUUUUUAUCACGAUCGUAAAAUGUGAUAUAUCUGAAAUCAAAAAUUGUGAACGGAAAGACUUAGCUUUUGUAUCGAGUUAAUUGUAACGUUGUACACGUUGGUUGUAAGUCGCGUAUGAUAGCGUAACGGCAACAAACAAGGCAAUUCAUAGACAACUCGAGCUAGCUUUUCUUUCUCGGCCACUUCUUCGAAUGCCUCGAAUUUGUACGCGCGCGCCUCUCCGUGUUGCGUUUAACGCGGUGUGUGUCUCUCGAAUGCCAAACUUUCGUAAUUAUCGAGAUACUUUCUAGAAAUCGAAUCACCGACACAGGUAUAUCUCUACCGUAAAGGAAAAGUAGGAAAUGUUUCUGAAUCGAUCGAUCGAUCGAUCAGAAAUGGCUAAUUAAUUACCCCAUCGAUAUUUAUUAUUAUUCAUUUUAGAGAAACGUUUCAAUCGACGUUUGACAUUCCGGAUAUCGUAUAACUCGCAAUAAUUCUGAUCUCAUUAGAUGUAUAGCGUAGAGAGCGUUUAAUAUAAUCUCCACGUUGAGGAACGUGACAGAGUGAACCGUAAAGUCUGACGUGUCUCCGCAACGUAGAAUAUUGUCCCGGUAAUUUCGCGCGAAAUCUUGUUUCAACUCUUACUCGAGAAUGGUUCCUUCUUUCCUAUUAUACGAUCUCUUUGUACAUCAUCGACAUUUUCAUUCGUUCAACUUAGCGAUCAAUCCUAUGAUAUUAAUCGACGUUCGUAUAUCCGUGAGAACACGGAUCGAAACACGGACUAUAUAUAUAUAUAUACGUAUAGUUGAUUUUAUAUCCAUUAAAGUUAAUGAUGAUCGAUAGAAGAUUCGAGUCGAUAUUCGAAAUUGUAGGAGUCAUUUUAAAAUCGUUCGACUUACUCGAAGGUUUCGAAGCGUAGAGAUUUUUCAUUAGCACCGUCCUUAAAAAAUCGUAUAAAUAAACCUUCCUCUUCCUCCAUAUGGAAAAUAUGUAUCGACGUUUAUUGCUUCGGAUGUUGGUGAAUCGUUAACAAGUUACGUCCAAUGAUUCUGCGAUUGUUUUUGGUGCUUCGUUCACAGUGCAAUUGUUUAAACUUUGCAAUCGUGGAAAUAAUUCGUUUUAUAACUCGAUCGCGCAGUUUUGUUACUGGAUAUUAUUAUAUUUUUCGCACAAUGCGUUUUAUAAAGGUGUCGAUCAUUUUUUUUUUUUUUCCUUAUUGAAAUCCUCGCUAAAUAUCAACGAGGCAACGCGUUUAAAUCGUAUUAAAAAUGCGAUUACAUUUCAAAGGAAACGCUUCUAUUUCACAAAUGAUAUUAUCGAAAGCAUUUCCUUGUGCAACGUACAAGAGACAAACGUUGUUUGUAAAAAUCGAAAGAUUUGAAGCAAUAGUAAUUUUAUUUGAUGUAAUGGAGCGCGAGCGCGGCCGUCCUGGAGAUGGCUGGAGAUACGAAAAAGGGUAUAUUGCCAAAUUUAAUUCACGAGGAGUUUAUUUAAAAUAAAUGGUGCAUAUUCCAGAAA